CGUGGUUCACAAACUAAUUCCCAUCAGCUCAAAAAGUUGGUUGAGAUGAAGCUGGGAUUGCUGCUGGCGUUGGCUGUGGCCGCUCUCGUGCCCGGCCUCUCCGAAAGCAGGAUCAUGUCCAGAUGUGAGCUGAGAGACGAGCUCCAGAAGUUCCUGCAUGUCCCCGAAGACCUCAUGAUGAUUCAUACCCAACUCUUGGAAAUUAUUUCUUGUGAAGUGGACAUAAAGUCCCAACUGAACACCAACCUGGUCAUCAUGGAAGGUGUCCGCCCGACCUCGGUGGUCCUCCCUGCAGCUGCUGAUGCUGCUCCCAAGUCACAAGAUGAGGAAUUCGAUUCUACCACCACAGUUUCUGGCGGCAGAAAAAAGCGGAGUGCCCCCAAAGACGAGGGCGACGAGAAGAAGGAGGAAGACUUCAAGCAACCUAUCGGAGUGGCCUUAAACUCUGAAGAAAACAAGUUUAACGAGGAGCAGAUGGAGCAAGACGACGACCGGAUGGAGGGUUACAGCGAUCCAGAAAACAUGGAGUCCAUGUCAAAGCCAUGGUCAGUGGGCCAUUAUGGGAUCUUCCAGCUGUCAGACAGCCACUUCUGCGAUUCGGGUUACCGCUGGUCCAGAAAUGUGUGCCACAAAAACUGCUCAGCCUUUACUGAUGACGACAUAACAGAUGACGUCGUGUGCUUCAUCAAGAGUGGUUACUGGAGAGUUUUUCUGAGGGACGUCUCUCACAGCUGUUACCACCAAAGGAAGACCUACUUUGCUAGCUGCGAUUGAGCUUUUCCAGCUUUAAAUCUGCAAUAUCUCCUGCUGUAUUGUAGUUUCUUCUUUUACUUGUCAACAAAAUUGCUUUAAAGUGUAAUACUUUUUGAUUUUAGUUAUUCCCCACACAGUAAGUAACUGGAAAUAAAAACACUUCUGACUUGUUUCUUUACAUAGUUUUGAUUCAUUUAAUAUUAACAUGGCAAAAUUCAAUACACUGAUUUAAGAAAAUUAAAGCUAAAUGAUUCUGACAAACGUU